AUGAGCGGCCUUUUUGCACGGGCCCUAUCCGUUGCCGCAAAUGCCUCCAACCUGGGCAGGAUUCUGGCAAAUGUGAUAUUGCGCCUCGAUUCUCGCACCCUGCCUCCGACCCUUCAGUUUCUCGAAUACGUCGGGAUCAUUCACUGCCAGCAAGAUCUUCAGGAAGAAGUCAUCAUCAACCCUACUAGUGCUACUCAUUUGGGAGGCCCAGAGGCUGUUCAGAAUCAGCAGGAGCACAUCACUGCCAUGGAUGAGCUAACUGACACUGACUCUGAUGUUGAGCCUCCUCAAGUUGCACUACCCAUUCCUCCAGUUGAAAUUGCACCCUUUCCUGAUUUCAACAACCUCCAACCAAUGAUCCCACAUGAAAUUCAGAUUGAAGAUCUGCUGGGUUAUGAUGCUGACAAUCUCCAUCAGCUUGGCCCUGAACCUGUUGACCAGAAUAUACAGAUUGGGAUGGUGCAGAUUGCUCAACCUGCCGUUGAUCCUAUUUUUGGUAACUUGUCUCCAAUUGGUCACCUGCCUCCUCUUGGUCCUUCACCUGAGGACUACAGAUAUUGGUCUCCCACUUUUGACUGGGCCAAGGAUUUCCUACAAUCCAAUGCUUUGAGCUUUAUGAGAUCUGAAAUGUCAGCCACUAAGAUCUUCAGGCAAGAUUGCCUUUUAGGGGAGGGAGGUUUUGGUCGUGUAUAUGAAAGACGUUUGGAGAAUGGGCAGGCUGUUGCUGUGAAGCAACUUGAUCGUAAUGGUCUCCAAGGAAAUAGGGAAUUUCUGGCUGAGGUUCUCAUGCUCAGUCUCUUACAUCAAACUAACCUGGUCAAUCUAAUUGUCUACUGUGCUGAUGGUGACCAACGCCUUCUUGUUUAUGAGUUUAUGCCAUUGGGGUCACUAGAAGAUCAUCUGCAUGGAAUUGUCCAUGGAGGUGAACAUUUUGGAGACGACGGUGAUUGGCGCUCCAUUUCAAUAUGCAUGGUGCGCUUGCCAAAUGCUGCUAUCGUCGCUGUUGCCAAAUGCGAGCAACCAAACAAGACUUAUGGGGCCUCCAGCUAUAUGGCAUACGCCUCGUUAGAAGUUCUUUGUUUCAAUGCUUAA